CCGCGCAACGGUCAUACUCAUUGCAGCAAAAAAACAAAAAACAAUGCAGACGCACACGCGAGAGUAAAAUGGAGUAUCCACAAAUUGAUUUAUACGAAUUCCUCACAGAGUCCGAACUGCAGCAGUACUACAAUGCCGUCAAAAAUGAAUUGAAAAUAACGAACGCGGCCCAGUUCAAGUAUGCGGCGGAUGAGGAUUUGCGUUUCAUCGGGCUCUCGCGCCCGGAAAUCCGGAGGCUCCGCAAGUUCUACGAGAAGCACUUCCCCCACAGCUACCUCAGCAAGAUCAAGCGUCUGCUGCAGGCGCCCGGAACGAUGGUAAAGCGGGAGGAGGCGCCCGCCGGCGGAGGUCAAGUGGCGCCCGAUGGGAGUGGUGCCUCCGCAUGCUCGUCCCUGGCAGCCAAGAACGGGGCCAGUUCGCCAGGCAAGGUGCCCAACAACAAGCACAUUAUUCCGGCGGACUCCAUUAGUGUUAACAAGCAACUGGGCACCGGCGAGUUUGGGAUCGUCCAGCAGGGCGUCUGGUCCAAUGGCAGCGAGAGGAUCCAAGUGGCUAUUAAAUGCCUGUGUCGCGAACGGAUGCAGUCGAAUCCCAUGGAGUUCCUCAAGGAGGCGGCCAUCAUGCAUUCCAUCGAGCACGAGAACAUCGUGCGGCUGUACGGCGUCGUCUUGGCCACCGACUCGCUCAUGCUGGUCACCGAGCUGGCUCAUCUGCGCUCGCUUCUGGAGUGCCUCAAGGACUCGGGGCUGCGUGUCAGUUUCCUCACCAUACCCACGCUCUGUGAGUUCGCCCUGCAGAUCUGCAAUGGAAUGCGCUACCUGGAGCAGAAGCGCCUCAUCCACAGAGACCUGGCGGCUCGGAAUAUCCUGGUGUUCAGCAAGGACAAGGUCAAGAUCUCCGACUUUGGCUUGUCGCGUGCGCUGGGCGUGGGCAAGGACUACUAUAAGACCAACUUCAAUGUGAACCUAAAACUGCCGAUUGCGUGGUGUGCACCCGAGUGCAUCAACUAUCUGCGCUUCACCAACGCUUCCGAUGUGUGGGCCUUUGGGGUCUGCCUGUGGGAGAUGUUUUCGUACGGCUUCCAGCCAUGGGCGGCACUGACCGGCCUGCAGAUCCUCGAGGCCAUCGACGCACCCAACUACCAGCGACUGGAGCAACCCGACUGCUGUCCCAGCGAGUACUACACUCUGAUGAUGAAGUGCUGGCAGGACGAUGCCGCCAAGCGACCGCGCUUUGGAGAGAUCUACGAUCUACUACCCGAUAUGAAGCCGGAGCAGCUGAAGGCCGUGGUGAACUGUUCAGAGCCCAAGAAGGACCAUCUUCUGUAUCGCCAGGGCGAUAUUAUAAGCGUCCUUGAUCGAAACACGGGCACGCCCUUCUGGAAAGGAGUGCUCAGUACCGGGAAGACGGGCUACUUUAACCCUUCCAACACGGUGGCCUUCCUGGAAGGUCUUCCCAGCUCUAGCCGCGACUCCUUCAGCCGGGUGAGCGAUCAUAGGAUCAGCAAGCGCAAGUUACGCACCGAGAUGAUUUCAAAGCCGCAAAACGAUUUUAAGCAUACCGGCCACGUGGGCAUUGACGGAGCCACCUUUGGAGACAUCGCCUUCCUGGGAAGUUCGCAGAAUUACAACCAUGUGCCCAAGCAGAUUGUGACGCCCUACAAGCCCUCGGAGGACAUUGAGCAGACGCCACUCCUACUGCCGCCGACGCCCACGAGUCCAGACUCUCUGCAGACCGCCAGUGGGUAUUUCCCAGAGGGUGCCAGCAGCGGAGGCGCCAUGGGCACUUCCAUGAACCCCACAUUCAUUCCAUCCGCCGAACACACGCCCAAGCUGAUAUCCACGAACGGCCAAAGCUCAUUCGACUUUGCCACCGGGUCCACCAAUCCGUUUUUCCUCAACAGAGGCGACGAUGAACUGGAGUUUGGCCUUCACAACAACAACUACGGAGCGGAUGGCAAGAGCAUUCAUUCGGGCGAACCGGGCUGGCGACCCAGUUCCCGCACUGUUGCGGAUGAUCCCCACGAGUAUCACGAAAUAUCGGAUGAUGAAAUGGCUGCCGACAAGCUGGACUUUGGGCCAUCGCUAAUGGACGAGAUCAACUCGAUGUUUGGAUCGAUAAGCGGGGCUUCCGGCAGCCACCCCAAGUCGCCCGGAUUUGAUCAUGUGAACAGCAAGAACGAGUUUGCCGAAAUGUCGGCCAAACUGGGGCAAAAGAAUGGCGACACCAAUGGCAACAAGCAUGGCCAUGGCCUGCUGCCCACGCUCUCGAAAAAGAAGUCGUCGGGCACCGUGAAACCCAUUUCUGUAAAGGAUGAGAAGAUUCUCAACCAUGCCAUCGAGAUAGCCAACGAGAUUAGUGCCAGAUCAAUGAUUGAUCUGGUCUCUGAUCAAACUCCCGCCAUGCACAGUCCGAAGCGCAAGUUCAGCUUCAGGUUCCCGCAUUUGAGUAACAAUGGUGGGGCUGAGAAGGCCAGCGGACUGGGAGGUGCCAGUGGAUCCGCCCACACUCCCACACACGGCAACGCCUCACCCUUUUCCAAGAAGAAGAACUUCACUGAGGAGCUGCAGAGCAUUCCGGACAUACAGCGUUUCCGCUCGCUGAGCGAGAUCAAGAACAGCACAGAUCUGCGGGUGCCCAUCUUCGACAAGGAGAGCUCCGACUUUCUGUUCCAGAAGUCGCGUGAGAUACUCAGCAGGCCGUUGAAUCUGGAGCGGGAGCGGGAGCGGGCGGAGGAUCAGCCGUCGAAGAGCAUCGACGACAACAUAAUGGACAUUGAGAACACCUUGAAAGCGCUCAAUCUGGACUUCAUGCACACGUACACGGAGCUGGAUAAGAGCGACUCCAACGACACGAUCCUCAAUGACCAGCUGCCGCAGCUGCUGAGUCUGGACGAUGGCAUCAGCAGUGCCACCGGCAGCCUCAAGUCGGCGGUCUACAGCUACAGCAACGGAGUGCAGACCAUGUUCGACUUCAACGCGGCCACCAGUCAUCUGGACAAGCACCUGCAGUACAUGCACAACCAGGCGCAGCUGAGCGCCGCUGCUCCCGUCGAUCCCAAGCCCAUGGAGGACAAGCGCUCCAGUACUCCGGACACGGGCUUCGCCUCCAGGGACACGAACAUCUCGUUGUCGCGCCGCAGCAGCCAAAAGUCAAGCUACAGUCCCCAGGAGAGCUUUCACUAUCCCUUAAAAGGAGAGGCUUUGUUCAGCGCUCCACCUGUGGUCAUGUCCGGAGGCUACUCCACGCUGAAGGAUGAGCUGGGCUACGAGCGUUUCGGAAACGGAGCCACCAAGCAAAUGCUGGCCAGCGCCUCGCCCAUCAAGUCGGGAGCGGGUUUGAAUGCCAGCAGUGGAUCCGUGUACAUGGGAUCGAAGGGAUACCGCCAACGUUCGACGUCCUUCAACGAGAGCUUUCAUCCCAUAUCACCGGUUCUCUCGGAGCCGCCGCAGCGGGAGAGGGGCGUUAUCCAUCGGCAGGUGAGGAUGGAGCACCAGCCGCCGCUACCACGUCGUUCCGCCUCGUAUAAGCCUCGCUCCAUCAGAGCUCGCACCCUCCGGCGGUUGAGCUACAAUCCCAUGACCCUGGACUCGAGUUCUUCCAGCGGGGAGGAGCCGGUGAAGCCCAGUUUGGCCCGCUCCGAGUGCGACAUCCGAGCCAGAGUGACGGCCAGCUCGAAUUCCUCGUUGGGGAGACGGCGGCGCGCGGGAAUGAAUCGCCAGGUGCAGUCCGCCUGCCACGACGAGCGAGAGGUUAUCAUUUCGCCCCGUCAAAUCUACGGCUCCAACUCGAGCAUCAAGUCGGCACCGCACUACAACAUUGGGGGACAGCGGCGCAGCUUCCACAGAGGAGGCACUGGCAUGAUGGGCACUGGCUACGAGCAGUUCCAAUAUGACGAGCGCAUUUACGAUUUCGGAGGUCGUGGUCCCGGCAACAACUACAACAUGGCCCACGCCAGUUACCUCAGCUCAAGCCAAAAGCCCAGCUAUCUCCUCAACGGAUCGGAGUUGCCCGGAUCGGGGUCGGGAUCCUCUUCGGCCGCCUCGUCGGCAGUGCAGGCCACCUACAGGCAAGCAGCCGGUGCCACCAUUCAGAGACCAAUGAGCGGCGGAGCUGCCUUGCACGAAUUCGACAUUAGUCGGCUGACGGGCAAGAGUCCCACGUCCACGAACUUCGUGGGCAGCUCACCGGAGGAGCUGAAGCAGCGCCAGCUCUCGGCGGGCUCCCUGCUGGCGCCCAGCAACAAGUCGGCGAAGCCACAGCGGCCCACGGAGUUCCACUGGCCGGAGAAGAUUCACGCCUCGGCGGUGAAGCAGCACGAGAUGCACUGGCGGCAAAUGCAGCAGCAGCAGCUAACGACAUCAACGAUUAUUAGUGCAGCGGGUGGAGUGGCUGGUCCCGCCCGGAGGUCCAGUGACAGCUCGUCCUCGUCCAGCACCGAGAGUGGGGAUGAGUUCCAGUUCCGGCGAGAGUUCGUCGCGCCGAGAAUUCCGCCCAGUCCGGCUCCAUAACUAAGGAAAAUGCUGAAAUACGUUCUCAAUUUACUGUUCGGCAACGUGUUGUCCGAUUAGAGGCGACGGAAAGGUGGGAUGGUGGGAAUCGGAUCCGGAAGGUCGUGGUCACGGAUGGCAGCUUCGUGGAGCGCGGAGCUUGGCGGUGUUGUGUUUGUGCUAAUGUCUGUGUGUGAGGUGGGGGCAGCGUUGAGUGUUGGCGUCGAAGAGUAAAUUGUAGAAGUAUUUACAGCGAGUAGAUUAUAUAUUUUUUGGAUUUGUAUUUUUUGAAGCGAGAUGAGAGUGUGCCUUAUAGGAAAACACCGAAGACCUCUCAGAACAGAUAAUAAUGAUGUGCAGAUCAGCUGCGCAGCUUCCAACCAUCGCAUCACCAACCACAUAGUUCAUCAUCAUAAGCUCAACUCAGUUUUAAUGGAGCAAUAUAAGCAGCUACCCUCUUCGAUUCGAUUGAGUUUGUCGGAAUAGAUGCCCAUUUUUUGAAAGUGUUAUUUUUAUCGCAGAUGCAAGUGCAUUCCUAGUCCCUAUUCCGUCUAAUUUAAUCCAAUCGAACAGUGGUAAUAUCUCUGAAAUUUUCUCUGCAUCUCUCAAACGGAAAAGUACUCUAUUCAGUAGCCUAUAGUCAGUAUACAAAGCGUUUCUUCAACUUUUCACUACCACAAACGGAUAAAACAAAGAUAUGGCUUCCAAACGGAAUAGAAAAUGUUCAAUAAAUCUUUUCAAAGAGAACCCAACAAGAGCUUGGUUGUCGGAAACAGUAUGUCAAGGCACACGGCAAACACAAACACUCACACUUAUUGGGGGGACUCCAACUAGACAGGGUAUUACCUAUUACCUAUUACCAAUUACCAAUUACCAGUGAGAACUGCAGAACUUUGGAACUCACAGCGGUAAUUUUAAGCCACACACAGACACGGAAAGACACACAGAAAGACAGACACCCACACAAAACUGUUGACAAUCCUCAGAACUUGUCCACAUCAAAGAAACAUUCGUCGGAGCAAGAAUCCCGUACGGAUUAUGUGCCAUAUCCUGACGCUUGCAUUUUUUAUAAAACCAAAGCUAAAGCGAAACCAAAAGUGAAAACCACACAAGUUAAACGAUACCGAAACCAAGAGAAGCAUUUAAGCUCACUUUAACUAGAGUGUCGAACCCUAUAGUAUCUUUAAGAUUUGAGAUUGAAAAGUCAAGAAUUGGCCUACUAACCAAAACGAAACCAAAAGCAAACUUCAAUUAAAUUGGCGACGCGUGGAAAGCGUCCAACAUUUUUGAUAACCUCACUAAGAAUAUAUUAUACGGAUUAUACUUACUAAAAGAUUUUCGCAUUCUAUGCAUUUAUGGAUAAACUCAAAUUGAAAAUAUGAUAUACAGAUUAUAUAUACACCUACUUAAAUCUAAAUCAACCUAAUAUAUGUAUACAAGUAUAAAGGCGUAUGCGGUAAUGUAAGCAUUACGGAACAUGAUAUUCUAAACUAUGCGUUCGAAGCGUUUCAACCCAGAGAACAUUAAACUUAAUGAAAACCAAAAUUUACUCAAGUAUUAUACAAAAACCCCAAAACAACUAAAUUAAACUAAACUAAAUUCAACUAAGCAACAACUAUUUGGAAAACGAGAAAAGUUUGCAUUCUAAGAACCAAACAAGUUAAUUGGUAAUCAAAAUAAAAAGAAAAUGUUGUGCAUAUUUAAAGGGAUUUAAUAAAGAAAAACUAAUUCUGAAUUUCAA